CCUGGAUUUGAAGGGAGGAGCAGUGUGUACAGGACGGCCGCGUGGUGUGUGUGGAUGUGUGCGUGUGUGCGUGCGUGUUCACGUGUCGCCUACAAGCAGCAAAGUUGCCCCUACCAUCCCUGAAGCACGCGAGGGCGGGACGCGGCAGAGGCGGCGACGCGGGGCAGGGAAACGUGCGGCUGGCGUGGUGUGGCGUGGCGGUGCUGGCGUGGUGGUGCUGGCGGUCCACUGUGGCACUCACUGACUCACCGCCGCUCUCCUGGUAGUAGUGGUAGUGGUGGUGGUGGUGAUGCGUGGCGCCAGGUAGUACGGGAGUAGCGGCGCUGUAAACGGAGAGAGGGACCGCGGCUCUUACAAACUACGACAAACACACCACGUUCAGAAAACCAGCGUUCAUUGAUAUUUGGGUGCUACACGUGAUCCUUGAGGCCUUGAGUGUGUGUGUCUGUGUGUCUUUCUUACCCUCUCUGGACUCUUGCCUUGUGGAGGGUGUGCGAGUGGUGUGGUGCUGUGGUGAAGUGAAGUGCUUGUGGUGGUGUUAGUGUUCUGUCUGCGUGUCCUUGUAAGAGGCUGACUGACUGACCGCUAUCAUGUUGCUGGAGGAGUACACUGUGGCUGACAUGACUGGCAGGUACGUCGACGGAGGCUCACCCGAGGUCAUAAAUCUGGACGAGAAAUGCAGGGUGAUGAACAGCGUGCACCGAGAGCCUGACCCGGACGCCAUCAAGAUGUUCGUGGGGCAGAUCCCUCGCUCCAUGGACGAAAACAACCUGCGCAAGAUGUUUGAAGAUUUCGGCGAAGUAUUUCAGAUCAACGUACUGCGAGACAAGGUGACAGGACAGAGCAAAGGUUGCUGCUUCGUCACUUUCUACACAAGGAAGGCGGCGCUGGAGGCACAGAACGCAAUGCACAACAUCAAGACACUUCCUGGAAUGCAUCACCCGAUCCAGAUGAAACCAGCCGACACCGAGAACAGAAACGAACGCAAGCUUUUCAUCGGGAUGCUGAGCAAGCGGUACAGCGAGCAGGACGUGCGGGUCAUGUUCUCCUCGCACGGCACCAUCGAGGAGUGCACGGUGCUCCGAGACAACAACGGCCAGAGCAAGGGCUGCGCCUUCGUCACCUUCUCCACGCGUCAGUGCGCCAUCAACGCCAUCAAGAAGAUGCACCACUCGCAGACCAUGGAGGGCUGCUCCUCCCCACUGGUGGUGAAGUUUGCCGACACACAGAAGGAGAAGGAUGCCAAGCGGUUACAGCAGGUGACCCAGAACCUGUGGAACGUUGCCUCGGCUAACAACCUCGCCGCCUUGGGCCCGCAGUAUCUCGCUAGAGAGAGAGAUCGUGGGAGAGAGAGCGUCUCCUCAGCUAACAACUUGGUCACUCUCGGGCCUCAGUAUCUGGCUUUGCUUCAGCAGCAAAUGGGAAGCUCCACCAAUUCAGGAGCCACAGCCAGCAGCCUUUCCAGCCAGCUUGGGAACUUGCAGCAGCUGCCUUCACUCAAUAAUGUGAGUGUACAGCAGCUUCUGGCUGCAUCUCAGGGCAACUUGGCUACGCAGCAAAUGUUUGAUUCUCCAGGACUGAGUGGCCUCAGCUCCCUAAGCAGCCUCAACCUCCCCACCUCCACCAACGGCUCCCAGGACACCAGUCUGCAGGGCCUUCUAGCAUCCAUGAGCUCUCAAAACACAGGGCUGGGCAUGAACGUGCAGAACCUAGCGUCCUUGGCAGCUAUCACUGGUGGCAGCACGACGGGCCUCCAGGCUCUCACUCAGCCAGGUAUCACACUCCCUACCUCUCCCAGCUCCCCCUUCACUCUCACCACCGACCAAGUGCUGACUGGUCUCACCUCCACCACCAGCGGAUUUGCCAACAAUGUGACAGCUGCUACAGGCUUGGGGGCAGCAGCCUCCUCAAACCCUGCCGGGAAGCAGGUGGAAGGGCCAGAUGGAGCUAACCUCUUCAUCUACCAUUUACCACAAGAGUUCACUGAUCAAGAGCUGGCCCAAGCUUUCUGGCCAUUUGGCAAAGUCAUCUCUGCUAAAGUCUUUAUUGAUAAACAAACAAAUCUCUCCAAGUGCUUUGGUUUUGUAUCAUAUGACAAUGCGUUGGAUGCCCAGCGAGCCAUCCAGCAUAUGAAUGGUCAGCAGAUUGGCAACAAACGCUUGAAGGUGCAGCUGAAGCGAUCCAAAACUGACUGCAAGCCAUACUAACAGCUGCCAUGUUGUGCUGUUCUGCCCCGUGCCCCGUAUUGCCUGCCGUCCGUAUAACAGUGUCUGCGUCCUUCUCCCAUCUUCGUAGCACGUCUCAUACGUACGUAUGUAUACGUAUGUGUAUGCCAUGUGGUUGUAUACUCUUGUGCAGCUACUGUCACGUCACUUACGCUAGCAGAUCACUAACUACCCAGUCAGUCAUCACCUGUCAGCCUACACACCAGGUAGGCUCUGUAACCUCUCAGCUGUGCUUGUCACAAACACAGACAAGCAACCUCACCAUAAGGCUGUCAUUUGCUAUUAUCUGUACAAAGGAAAGAAAUGUUUAAUAUUACAUUUUAAAUAGCUGUUUAAGAGUAAAUAAUGUAUACUGUCCUUUUUAUCCAUUUUUACUGGAUCACCCAUUACUUUAAGGAGAUGGACAAAGAUCAUUACUCGUCAAAGCCUAACUGUCCAGUGUGUGUUGAUGACCAAAAGUUAUGAUAUGACAUUCACUGGUAGCUCCAUGCAUAAGUUACCUAUUCACAGUAACUGGCCCAACCCUCCCAACCUGAAAUUAUUACCACAUUCAGUUUCACUUUCAAGCAAAAGAUCAUAUUUUUUCAAAAGAUGGGAAUCAGUCCCUACCUGGGGCUGGCCGAGGCAGCUCCUAACUCACACAUCAUAUAUAAUGUCCUCAUGUACUUACUAUGUGCCAUGGCUUCUUGAAACGUGUAAACACUAAGCAUUGUGUUUUAGAUAUUACAUGGAAUAUAUGUUUUGUAAAUGUGCUAUCAAAAAUCGGAAUGCAUGCUUAUAAAUAUUCAUAUACUGUCUUGUACUUUCAUGUACUGCACAAAGUGAUCAUUAAUUUUUAUCAGUACAAAAGUAACAACUUUUGUAUAUUUAUUGUAAUCCAAGGUCAAUAUUUUUAUAGCAGUCUUUGCAUUGCUUAACUAGAAAAUUUAUCAGUGUUUGUCUUCAAAGAUUUUCUAGAUUAUAGUAUGACAAAUCUUCCAGUCAUUUCAGCUCUCAUCAACACCUGGCUGGAACACUGGGAGGAGGAGGAGCCUCACCCCACACCCAGGUGUCACUGCCAGCUGGGGUGCACACCAGCUCCCCAGACCCUGGUGUGCACCCCAGCUGGCUACUGACCCCUAUAGUGCCCUCUUUGUAGUAAUCUGAAAUGUAUUGAAGCUGUGCAUAGAGUUGGGCCUUAUAGACAGUAUCGGAUUCCUCUCUGGCACGGUUUAAUUUCAGGCUUAAUGGAAAUAGUAGAGAUGUACUUAAAACAUUUUGAUAAGGGAGAGACUAGUUAUAUGCCUUUGUAGAGCAGUGGGGAGGAGAGGCAGGGUGUGGCUUGAAGCUCUCUUUCAGAUCCUCUCGUUGUUUCUGCUGUUUGGAUUUCCUCGGGAGAGUGUCUGAGGCUGGGCCAAGCAAAGACAUUAACUAGUCUAUCAUUGGUAGUUUCCACAAAGAGGGCAUCCCCUUCAAUAUUGUUAUUGCAUUUUUGUGACUCAUUUUUUUAUUUCAAAACUUUUCUGAGUGGAAAUGAUGAUAUAGUGGAAACUUACCAUGAUCUUACUCUAGUAUUAUUCUUAAUGGAAUUAUCACAUUUUUAUCUAGAAUUUUCUUACAUACUGUGGUUGCUUGCAAAAAUACUUGGUUAUCCCCCUAUUCACUAUUCAAUUAAAUGAGUUGAAAGUACUAGUUUUCCCAUCCUUCAUCAAAGCAACUACUGUGACCCUCCACACGCUGCCUCAAGUACAUUCUAUUGGCUGUAGGAAACGUCAUUAUACUCAGAGCAGACACACAAAGCCUGGGCUCACCCUGAAGAUAGUCUGUCAGAUGACUGUGAUGAGUGACAGGCUGUGUAGAUGAUAGUCUGUCUGGCUCAUAGACCGUAGGAUAACCAAAGAAAAUGUGUUUGUCUAUGUUUGUUGCAGCCCAGAGAUAUGGUAGACUGAGGAGGUGUCCCUGAAGGUCCUAUAUUAAAUUUUGUUCAUGUCUGUUCUCACCAGGAAACUUACUAUACAUGUUAUUUAUUACCAUGUUUUUGGUAUGUUAAUGUUCUUUUUAAUAUGUCUCCUGUGUUUUCUUUCCCCCAUAAGUAUUUUAUUAAAUGAAGUGGGGUGUUCCAUAGUGACUGUGAGGCAGACAUAUUUCACUUGCCUAAAAGGUCAAUGCCAUCUCUGUGCCUUUGUUUUACAUUGCUUACCAUUUUGUGCUUACACUGCAGCUAAGAGGAAGUGUCAGUCCUUGAGUUUCUGUUUACAAGAGACAUUAGAUAAAUACCCUGUUACAAUAUAGGAGAGCUUUCAUGUGUAGGUGGAUGUGCUGUUUAAUGUAGUUGUGUUAAAAAAAAAGAUAUAUAUAUAUAGAAGUUAGGUUUAGAGGGAAGUUUUUGAUUUAUUAUUUUUUCCUUUGAUUAAUGUUGUAUUCAGCAGUAACUAUGGUAAGAAUAUAUAUCUUAAAUGUAUUUACUGUGUUCUGUUGGGUUUGUUUCCAAGAUAAUUAUGUAUGUGUGUAGUCAAUAGCUAGCUGUUUGGUUUUAGUUUGAUUUUUACAGGUUAUUUGAUUUUUCUUCUCUUUGUUUUCCUGUAUGUAACGUGAGCACACCUCAAGCAUCCCUGUUGAUUGUGUUUCUCUCGUGGUGUGUGCACUGCCGGCUCUGCAGGAUGUGGGGUAUAAUUAGUCCAUUCUCUUAAGGCAUCUUACCUUAUAUAGCUUUUUUUUUUUUUUUUUUUUUUUUUUUUUUUUCCAGAGUUAAUUGUAUUGAUAUUUAUUAUUAGAAGUUAUGUGUCCUUAAAUUGGACAAUUAAGGUCAGGUGUCCUUAGUUAUUAUUGUGUGUCACUAGGAAGGUGGUCUCAUUUCUCUGUGUGUUGCAUUUUUCUGCUUUUGUUAACUUACUGUGUGGUAUGAAGAGUUAUUUGAAUAAGGGGAAGUAAUUUUCAAUUAUUGGUUUUAACAUUAAAUUUUGUUUAAUUUUAUCCGAAGACAGAACUUGGCCAAUUUUUGGCUGAUCCUUGAAAAUUCUAGUUUCUUGUACUGUAGUGGAGACAGAGUACCCUCAUGACUGUACUUUUCUACCUUAUGUUGUGGUUAUUAUGUCCUGUGUACCGAGGUGUAGAUGGAGUAGCUUUUAUUACAGUAGGGGCACGUCUUGAUGCUAUUGAAGAGUGAACCAUGAUUUUUGUACAUGGUCCCAUAAAGACCGAGUGUUUGUAAUGCUUCCCCGCCUCAGUAGCCUGGCAGCGCCGUGGCCCUGCCAGGCUGCCUGUACUCAGGAAAGACUCUCCCGUGAGAGCCGUUGUCCUGUCCCGAUUAACCAGAGGACUAACAUUCAGAGAAGAUAUGUGAUUUUUGAGUCAUUGCCACACUGGUAUGUGUCAUUAUUGUUCACGUCAUACAAGGUAUUUUUCCAUUGAUAGUGGAAAUUUAUGUCAGUGGAAGCCCUGUUCACAACCUCUAUAAACUUAAUGCUGGAUGCCAAAAGCAUGGCCCCCCAUUUCAGGCUCUGCAAUGUACUGUGAUUUUAAGACCAGUGAGUGUGCAUUUGUGUAAGUGUUAUGCUUUGUGUGGGUCCCAUAGGAAGGACAAACUUUGCAAGAUGUUUGGCAGGAACUUUUUGUCUUGAUAUAAAAGAGAAAAAACACUUCAGAUACUGUUAACAGGUUUGGGAAAACUAGAUUCCUCGGCAAUGUGUGUGUGUGUGUGCGUGUGUGUGCAUAUGUGCAAGGUGCCUGUACCACCACCACCACCACCACUGCCACACAGGGUCUUGGUCAGAUGGUUUCCUAUAUUUGUCUUCACUACUCAAAGUUGUGAAAUUGGUUGUGUAGGGAUUUUGAAGUGUAUGUUCAGUGCCUGUUUGGGGAGAUAAAUAGUAGUGUAUUGUCUGCUUGCACUCACUCUGAAUGUAUUGGAUGAGAAGUACUGUCAAGUAACUUAGUCAUUGAAAAGUGAACUCGUGUGAAGCUGUAGUGUUACAUUUCUCACCCGUCUUGUGUUUGGUGUGUGUGAGCUGCCUAUACACUCAACACACCUUUCAAAGUAACCUCCUAGUUUGUCAAAGGAAAAAAAAAGCAAACCUCAGUUAAUCUUGGGUGAUUCAGUUUGAAUGAGCAAAAUUACACAUUUCAGGUAGUACUACAAUACAUUCAUAAAUAAAAUGAAUACACUUUUUUGCCUAUCACUUGCUGUUCAUAGUUAAUGACUUCAGGCCCAUUCACACCUGACCGGGGCUGUCCCUGUGCAGAGACUAAGCUGGUGGUGCAAGAGGACAAUACCAACGCGUGAGUAGUUGUAAUUUUCUACUUCCAAACAGCCAACCCGUAAUUUUGUAAUGAAAUGUACAAGGAUAUAGAGGCAGAAGAAUAAAGUAUUUUCAAAGGA